AAAAUUGACUUCGACCAUACAGACAAGCAUUAAAUUACUAUAGCACGAAAACUAUCUUUAAAUAGCAAGCAAAGAUCACUGAGAAGAGUAUAACCUAGCCAUAUUAGAAACAAAUAAGGUUGCUGAUUAAUUAACAUGAUGAAACAUGCAGUUUGCAUCCCAUUCCCAUCAAAAAGCCAUAUAUUUCCCAUGCUAAAAUUUGCUCAAAUCCUCCAUUUCAAAUAUGGAUUCCAUAUUACCUUCCUAAACACUCACUACUUUCAUCAAACCCUUUUUCAAUCUACCUCCCAAAAUGAUACAUUUUCUUCUAAGGGUAAUUCUAAAAUUACCUUCAAAUUCGAGUCCAUUCUCAACGAUUCAAAUGAUUUGACAUCCGGUGUUAAUUCUGUUAUCGAUGAGACUUUGGCACCUCUCCUUAAGGAAGUCCUUGUAAAACUAGGUAGUAAGGACAACUACUCUAAGAGCUUGUCUUGUGACGAUGAUCCACCAUUGCCACCGACGGUGUCUUGCAUGGUUUACGAUGUCGCGGUGUCCAAGAUCACCCUCGAUGUGGCUGAAGAAAUGGGGAUUCCUGCCGUGGGGUUGGACGUCAUUAGUGCUUGUGGAAUCUUGGGUUACUUGCAAGACCGUCAACUUCUUGACAAAGAGAUUAUACCCCUUAAAGACUCAAGCUGUCUUACAAAUGGUUAUCUUGAGACGACUAUUGAUUGGAUACCAAGUUUGAAGGGAAUACGCUUAAAGAACUUGCCAACCACUUUCAGAGCUACAAAUCCAAAUGAUAGAUGUUUGAAUUAUGUGAGCUCAUAUUUAAAAAAAGCUCUAGAAUCAAAAGCAAUCAUCCUCAACACAUUUGAUGCUUUGGAGAAAGAUGUCCUAGAAGAUCUUUCAUCUUUUUCGCCGAACAUCUACGCAGUUGGGCCAUUCGAUUUGUUACUUGACAAAAUAAUAAAAGAUGUUGAUGAAAAUGAUCACAUCCAUCGUCCGAAUACAGAAGAAGACAAUUGUGACUACAUGCAAUGGCUUGACUCUCAAGAACCAAACUCGGUUUUAUACAUAAGCUUUGGGACAGUUGUUCAAUUGACCGAGGAGCAAUUUGAUGAACUAGCAUGGGGGCUUGCUAAUAGCCAAGCAAAGUUCUUUUGGAUCGUUAGACCCGACCAAGUUAGUGGUAGGUCUAACACUCUUCCGCUUGGUUACGAAGAUGAGGUGAAACAUAGGGGUAUAUUCGCGACUUGGUGUGACCAAAAGAAGGUGUUGGCUCAUCCUUCUAUUGGAGGUUUCGUGACACAACGUGGGUGGAACUCGGUAAGUGAGAGUAUUAGCAAUGGAGUUCCAAUGGUUUGUUACCCUAUUUUUCUAGAGCAAUUUACCACUUGUUUUUAUUGUUGUAAUUGUCUAGGCAUUGGUAUAAAUAUAAGUGAAGCUAAGAAAAGAGAUGAUGUUACCAAGAUGGUAAGAGAGUUCAUGGAAGGAGAAAUGAAAAUUCAUUUGAUCAAGAAUGCCAUCAAGUGGAAGAAUUUGGCCAUUGAAGCAACCAUGAGUCCGCAUGGAUCCUCGUGUGUUACUUUAGACAAUUUAAUUAAUGACGUGCUCAUUUGAAAUCGCUCGUAUCAAAUAUGAUAUACCAUCUAGUAAGGCUUCUAUUUAAUUGUUGUAUUUGAUCUGGAUACUUUAGUUAAUGAUGUGCUUAUUUCAGAUCCCUCUUUUUAAAUUCACUGCAGGAUGUAACGUAAUAAGUGAGUAAUUGAAUCUUGAUCUUGUAAUAUUUCUUGAAUAAUCCUUUUGCAUAGUCUCGAAAUUUCCUAUAUAUAUAUUUUUCCGUCUUUUAUUUAUUUUAUUUUUUAGAAAUAUUUGAUCAGUAUUUAUUCAAUUCCCACCACUUAGUAAUUAGUCGAUAAUAUCUUUUGUUAAUACGUACUACAACUACGUAUAUAGUAGGCAUUAUUAUGUACUCCCUCCGUAUCUUAUAUUUUGCCCCAUAGUGUAAUGUUACUUUAUUAAGUUUUGGUUGGAAAAAAGUAAUGAGAGAGAUAAGUGGUGGGGUUAAUGGGGUGAUUGUGUGAGUAAAAAUGUGAACUCAUAUGCCCAAAAAUAAAAUGGGGCAAAAUUAAAGAGACAUCGUAAAAAAAAUUAGGGCAAAAAUUAAGGGAUAAAGAGAGUAAUACAUAACAUUAACCAAACAUACUUGAGGUUAAGUUUGACCUCCGCUACAUAAAUGUGAUUGGGAGUAG